AUGUCCAUGGACAAGACAACUAUCCCAGGUAUCGACAAACCUGUCGGAAGGGUAGGUUUCGGUCUGAUGCUCCUCACCAUGUGUCCGGAGGACGAACGCGAAUCCGAUGAGGAGGCUUUCGAAGCGAUGAAAACAGCCAUCGAUUCUGGUUCAAACCUCUGGGUCACUGGAUCCUUUUAUGGCCCACCAGACGACCUCCGUGCUAAUCUCAAGCUCAUCAGACGCUUCUUCGACAAGUAUCCUCAGUACUUGGAUGAAGUGGUUUUGGGUAUGAAGGGGGGUAUGGGACCGGGUCAUGCUUUGAUCACCGAUUUGGACGAACUCAGAGCCGAUGUGAAGGAUUGUCAAUCUGCUCUUGGAGCGAAGAAGAUAGAUGUAUUCGAAUAUGGGCGUGUACCGCGGGAUGCUCCCAUCGAAAAAGUCAUCUCUAACUUCCUGACCCUCCGCUCUGAAGGUCUCUUCACCGCUAUAUCAAUCAGCGAAGCCACCGCCUCUACCUUCACUCGAGCCCACUCCGUCACUCCAGUUUCAUUCAAUGAGCUAGAAUUAUCUCUAUGGUCUCUCGAGCCGGAAAUAUUGGAGGCGGUAGAAGCAGCUGCUAAAGCUGGUGUUCCCGUCUUAGCUUAUUCGCCACUAGGUAGGGGAUUCUUGACUGGUCGCUGGAAAACUCCUGAGGAUAUUCCUGAAGGUCAUCCGAGGAAGAUGUUCCCUAGGUUCCAAGGGGAGAACUUUUAUAAGAAUAUGGAGUUGGUCAAACAGUUGGAAAAGAUUAGUCAGAAGACAGGAAGGACCACGGCUCAAUUGGCGUUGGCUUAUAUCAUGACUAGGUUUGAUAAUGUCAUUCCUAUCCCCGGGUCCGGUAAUCCAACACGUGUCAGAGAGAACGUAGCCGCAGCUUCCAUGCGUCUCACCAAGGAAGAGAUGGAAGAGAUCGAUGCUAUUCUGGCAAGUUUCAAACCGGAAGGUGAUCGAUACCCAGAGUUCGCAAAGGGAAUGUUGAUGGGUUGA